UAAAGCCCGGCCACCGCCGGCAUCUUCCCUUCUUCUCCCAGCGCUCCGCCGGGACUGCGCCGGCAACAUGGCUGCAAAAAGUAAGAGUAAGGGCAAGUCGCCAAGCUGCCUGGGCUACCCCUUGAGCAUCUUCUUCAUCGUCAUCAAUGAGUUCUGCGAGCGGUUCUCCUACUAUGGCAUGCGAGCGGUGCUCGUUUUGUAUUUCAAAUAUUUCCUGCAAUGGGAUGACAACUUGUCUACAGCCAUCUACCACACGUUCGUUGCUCUGUGCUACUUGACACCGAUCCUCGGAGCGCUCAUUGCAGACUCUUGGCUGGGAAAGUUUAAGACCAUUGUCUCCCUGUCCAUUGUCUACACGAUUGGGCAGGCAAUCAUGUCUGUGAGCUCCAUAAAUGACCUGACGGAUCACAACCGGGAUGGCUCUCCCGAUAAUGUAUCAGUGCACAUUGCUCUGUCCAUGAUUGGCUUGAUCCUCAUUGCACUUGGUACUGGUGGGAUCAAACCUUGUGUGUCAGCAUUUGGUGGAGAUCAGUUUGAAGAUCAUCAGGAAAAACAAAGAACUAGAUUCUUCUCUAUCUUUUAUUUGUCAAUUAACGCUGGAAGUCUUCUAUCUACUAUAAUCACCCCAAUUCUCAGAGCUCAAGAGUGUGGCAUUCACAGCAAACAGCGAUGUUACCCACUAGCUUUUGGAGUUCCUGCUGCCCUCAUGGCUGUCGCCUUGGUUGUGUUCAUAGUUGGAAGCAGAAUGUACAAGAAAGUCCAACCUCAAGGAAAUAUAAUGAUUCAAGUUUCCAAAUGCAUUGGAUUUGCCAUCAAAAACAGGUUUCGACAUCGCAGCAAGGAGUUCCCCAAGAGAGAGCACUGGCUAGACUGGGCGAGUGAGAAGUAUGACAAACGACUGAUUGCUCAGACUAAGAUGGUGUUGAAGGUGCUUUUCCUUUACAUCCCUCUCCCCAUGUUCUGGGCGCUUUUUGACCAGCAGGGGUCAAGAUGGACACUGCAGGCCACAACAAUGGAUGGGAAUUUUGGAUCUAUUCAGAUUCAGCCAGACCAGAUGCAGACUGUGAAUCCGAUCCUGAUUAUUAUAAUGGUCCCAGUUGUGGAUGCUCUGGUUUAUCCUUUAAUCAAGAAAUGCAAGAUCAAUUUUACGCCCCUGAGGAAGAUCACUGUUGGUAUGUUCCUUGCAUCUUUGGCUUUCGUUGCUGCUGCCCUUGUGCAAGUGCAAAUAGAUAAAACUCUUCCAGUUUUCCCUGCAGCUGGGCAAUCCCAAAUCAAAAUAAUAAAUCUAGGUACUAAUGAUGCAACAGUUCAGUUUGAACCUAAACUUCAGAGUGUGGAUGUAAAGUCUAUGAAGUCGACGGGCUACAUGACAUUUGAGACUUCUCAGUUGCGAUCAUUAAACAUAGCUUCUGGAAAUAAAACUAUAAAUGCAGUUGUCAAGUUGCCAGGGGGAAGCCGUCACACUCUUGGAGUUAAAAAUACUGCGACAGGCAUUGAUGUUAAAUGGCUGUUGGACAAUGUCACAUCAAAACCAGAAGAAGGAAAUAAUCUCAUCAGGUUCAUAAACAAUUUGCCUGAUGCUGUCAACGUCACUAUGGGUGACACUUCUUUUGGAAUACUGGUGCCUCUUUCUGCCAGUAAUUACAACCUUUUUCCAGGAGGAAGACAAGAUAAGAUUGUGGCUAUUAGAAAUUCAAUCCCUUGUUCAGUUACUUCAAAGGCAUUUGGCUUUGGCAGUGCCUAUACAAUUGUAAUUAACCGGUGUGUGGGAGACACUCUUAAUGUAACAUAUUCUGAAGAUAUCCCACCCAAUACAGUUCAUAUGGCUUGGCAGAUCCCUCAGUAUUUUAUUCUUACAUGUGCAGAAGUAGUCUUCUCUGUCACUGGGCUGGAGUUUUCAUACUCACAGGCCCCAUCUAAUAUGAAGGCAGUGCUGCAGGCGGGGUGGCUGCUGACGGUGGCUGUCGGUAACAUAAUUGUCCUUAUCGUGGCUGGAGCAUCCAAACUCAGUGAGCAGUGGGCAGAGUAUGUGCUGUUUGCUGCCUUGCUGUUGGCAGUUUGCAUCAUUUUUGCUGUCAUGGCUUAUUUUUAUACCUAUACUGAUGUAAAUGAGAUAGAAGCCCAACUGGAUGAGGAAGAAAAGAAACAAGCCAAAAAGGAUCAAGAUGCCUACGAAAAGCAAUCUGAAGCUGUCUCUCAGAUGUAAAAGGUGUAUUCAAGGGGUGUUUAUAAAUUAUGGUAUCCCAUUAAUGAUCCCUGCAGUAAGAGGAAUCAGGGUAUCGGUAACACCUCUGGAUAAUAUGUCUCAUGGGAGAGGUUAAGAAAAACUGUUUUAACUUAAAAUGCUACCUCUCUUGGGAAGCAAGAGGAAAAGAUUAGUCUCUCUUCUACUGAAUGGUAUCCUGAAGAAACUCCAGCAGAAUUUGCACUCUUAAUGUACCUCAAGCUUAAAUACCAUAGCAUUAAAAUAUUGAAAUUGCACUUGGCACUAUUAGACCCUGUGAAAAGAUGUAUUUUUAUACUGCAUUUCAAUUUUAUAUCAUGAAAGAAACAAGUAUUGUCAAGAAAUAGUAAUUGAAGCCAAGCUGUCUGCAUGACCCCUCUAGCCUCACUGUUACUUGAAAGCAGCAGGUCACAUGUGCCUUAAAUUCUUCUGUACUUCCUUACAGAUAAUGGGAGCAAAGCUCUGGCAUUGCUCAGAUUAAAAAGCUGUCUGUGCUCCACAUGGCAGUAACGUGGAUGUGCACUGUAAUGUAAUGCUUUAUGUGCCUGUUAACUACCCAUUUAACUCCUGUUAUGGUUUUUAAUUGAAUAUAGUAAUGAGGUGUCCACUCAGGUAAACAGCCAAUGGCAAAUGAUGUUUGGAAUAAG